CAUCUAUAUGCGAGUCCCAGAGAUGGUCCACUCGGGGUCUUGAAACUAGGUCCCCCACGGUGGCAGGCAAUAAUCUUAACCAUUGUUCUACGUCUGCUCAUUAAUAAUAAUACAUUGUGCAGUCUUUAUCACAAGAGCACAAGCGUUUAAUGUGAGCAAAUACGUAUAUAAUUACGACACAGACGUUGACUUUAUAUCGUACUUACUUUGAAGCCUUACCGGAAAUUCCCACUUACCAUACGUUACUAGCUUGACUUGAGGUGACAUCUGAUGUGGAACUUGAGGCUUUGACCUGGCUACCGGCCUGCAGAAAGCACAGUGGAGCUAACAAGAAAUAGCUACUAUGCCAGGAGAAAGAAUAUCUCCUUUUGGGGCCUCCCUUCUCUGAUAGCACAGAACUACGACACAGGCGGAGAGAUUUCAGACUUGUCGUUUAGCUGUCAAUGCUUGCGACAAUUUGUUAAAAUUGUUUCAAAGCAGCAUUUUAGCUCCAGUUUGGUAGCUAGCGUGCUAUGGCGGACAGCAUUGGAGAUGCGUCAACCGGUGAUACAAUUGGCUCUGGGGUUACCGGACAAAGCGGUGGAUCCGCGACUUUGUCUAACUCUCAAACGGGAACACUCCUUAGCAACAAUACAGGUUCGGCUUCUGAGGGCGACCAGAGUGGCCUUAGCCCUGAAGUGUCCCCAACGGAUGGGCUAGAGGCUACUCAGACGAACUUUUGGAACACUUUUGGCGUUUCUCCACCGGUCCUAUCUGUAUCAACGAACGUAUACACCUCUUCACCGCCCCAGAGUGCAGGGCAAGGGGUCGCCGGAGUUGCCGAACCUGAUCAUUUAACACACGUAUACGCUUCUUCCUGGGACCCGACGCGUAGUACGGACUGGGACAAUGAAAAGACAUCACAGCCUGCAAUUUUAAGGAUAAAGAGGGAUAUCAUGUCUAUAUACAAGGAACCUCCUCCCGGGAUGUUUGUUGUCCCAGAUCCUCAAGAUAUGACCAAGUUCUUCUGGCCGUGCAUCUUUGUCCUGGCGCGACUCUGCUGCAGCAUCUUUUUCUGCUCAAGCAAGUUGGUGCGGGUGUCUUUUUUUAAGAGGGAAGAACAUAGCUACAGAACUGAAGCUGUGAUGCUACAGGGCAGUUCGCUGAUGCCGGAUCUCAAGAUACCUGAGGUUUCCAGGGGCCGAGUCGACGUCCAGGCGAAGACCGUGGCCACGGCACUUGAGACCCUUUCCGGGACUGGGCCUCGACUUUGCGCCUGGAGGCUGAGGGUUGACGAGAAGCCGAAGGAAGAGAAGACAUCUCUGAUCCAUGCUCUGAUCACGGGGCCAUUUGACACACCAUAUGAGGGUGGCUUUUUCCUUUUCCUGUUUCGAUGCCCUCCUGACUACCCCAUCCAUCCGCCACGCGUCAAGCUCAUCACCACCGGUCAGAACACUGUCCGGUUCAAUCCCAACUUUUACCGCAAUGGCAAAGUCUGCCUUAGCAUCCUCGGAACAUGGACAGGUCCAGCAUGGAGUCCAGCACAGAGUAUCUCCUCUGUCCUCAUUUCCAUCCAAUCUCUGAUGACAGAAAAACCUUAUCACAACGAACCUGGAUUUGAACAGGAGCAACAUCCAGGUGACAGUAAGACCUAUAACGAGUGCAUCCGUCAUGAAACCGUGAGGGUUGCUGUGUGUGACAUGCUGGAGGGCAAAGUUCCAUGUCCUGAAGCUUUGUGGAGUGUGAUGGAGAAGUCUUUCCUAGAAUACUAUGAUUUCUAUGAGGGAGUUUGUAAAGAGAGGCUGCAUCUUCAGGGACAGAACAUAAAGGACCCAUUUGGAGAGAAGCGUGGUCGUUUUGACUAUCAGCGCCUGCAAGCUCGACUCGGCGCCAUUCAUAGAAGAUUACGGGAGAAACGUGUAAUGAGCAAUCCCAAUGAUGAUUCUGACUCGGAAACCAGUUCCUCUGAGACGGACCCUGACAGCCAGGGAAGCAUCCAGCCAUGACUCUGUAAAACGGGCUGCUAAGAGAGGACAUUAAUUUUUUUUUCCAUUUUAUUUUAUUUUAUUUUUUGCCUCAAGAAAAAAAGUUUAAUAAAAUGUUUCCAUGUUGUAAGGUUUUUGAAAAAUAAGAGAUUGUGUUGCUCUCCACAAAGUGGCCAUACUGCAGCAAGAGAACUCAACAGUUCACGAGUCAAACACUGGCAGAUUUACCCUUGUGGUCCUUUUGUAGCUUUUACCAGCUGUUAUUUUUAAUUCAUGUUUGGACUGGAAGAGGCUGUGUAGGUAUAUUAUACAUAUAGUUUAAACAUUUCCUUGUGCUUGUGAAAUAGUAAAUUAAAUGACAUUGCCAUUUAAAAAGCUAUUGGUCAAAUAAAUACCACUUUAUCUUUUGA